AUGAGUCUAGAAAAUAGAGACUCCGACAUGGACGGUGGUUAUGGGUCUAUCCCUCGAGGUGCAGAUGCGGUGAUUAGCACGGAUAGCGACGGAUUGACAUGUGUGGAAAUAGGCGCAUCGACGACGUCAAAAUGGGAGUUUCGGGAAAUUGGGCGUAAUGCCAGUCCUUUGAUGGUGACGUUCCUGCUGCAGAUGUCGCUUUCAUUUAUGACGGUAGUGUCGGUGGGCCAGCUCAAUGCCCUGGAUUUGGGUGGUGUUUCUCUGGCAAAUGUGACGUUUGCGGCUACCUCUGCUGUUUUCCAAGGCCUGGCCACAUGUCUGGAUACACUGUGCCCACAGGCGUACGGUAGUAAGCGGUACCAGCUGGUGGGGUUGUAUCUGCAGAGGUGCUUGGCGAUCAGCAUGCUUGUUGCUGUACCCGUCGCGCUGCUGUGGUGGUUCUCAGCGGAUGUGUUGCGAUUUAUGGUGGAUGACCCCAGAUUGGUGAUCAUUGCAGCUCGAUUUCUGCGUGUGAUGGUGGCAAGUAUCCCGGGGUAUGUGGUGUUCGAGUGUGGAAAGAAAUACUUGCAAGCCCAAAACGAUUUCACCACGGGCCAGUAUAUUCUUUUCGUGUGCGCACCUCUGAACGCGGUUCUGAAUUACGUGUUGGUGUUCCGGCUUAAAAUGGGAUACAUUGGAGCGCCUAUAGCUACAGCCCUGACGUUCACCCUGAUGGGUGCAUCUAUUGCUGCAUGUAUCUGGUAUUUGCAGGGCAAAAAUGGCGAACGGGAGUGCUGGAACCCGAUCUCCAACUGGAGGCCCAUCUUUUCGCAAUGGGGCACCAUGGUUUCGCUAGCUGUGCCCGGUAUCAUCAUGAUAGAGGCCGAGUUCUUGGCCUUUGAGUCUCUCACGGUGCUCGCAGCCAAGUUCGGAACCGAUGCGCUGGCUGCGCAGUCCAUUGUCGCUUCCGUGCAAACGCUGACGUUCCAGGUGCCCUUUUCGACGGGCGUCGCAGCUUCCAACCGAAUCGCGUACCAUAUCGGCAAGAAACAAAUCCAAGACUGUAAGAUAGCAGCUAGGACAGUACUGGUCCAGAUUGGGGGCAUCCUCGCAGUAUCCAAUUUCGCUUUCUUGGUCCUGGGCAGACACCGGGUGUCCGCCUUCUUCAGUAAAGACGAAGGCGUUGUCAAACUUGCUUCCGAGAUUCUGCCCAUCAUAGCUGUCAACCAGUUUGCGGACGUAUUCAACGUUCUUUCAGCUGGUAUCCUCCGAGCACAGGGCCGCCAGAGACUGGGUGGGAUUCUAAACAUCGUGGCGUAUUAUGUUGUCGGUAUCCCUGCAGCCAUGAUCUUGGGAUUUCACACUUCCUUGGAGAUCAAGGGUUUUUGGAUCGGGUUAGGUUGCGGCAUAUUCGUGCUGGCCAUUGGAGAAGUUUACUGUGUGUGGUUGUCGGAUUGGUCUCGUAUUAUUCACGACUCACACUUGCUGCACAAGAGUGAAGUAAGCAAUGACUUCGAAGAAGCUACCGAAUAG